ACUCGAGUCCAAGCCAAAGCCAACCUGACGCACGCCACUUUCCCCGCCGUUCCUCCACCUCCACCUCCACGCGCGGCGCGGCGCGGCGCUAGGAUAGGAAGGAGCGGCGACGCUACGGCCGGCGGCGGCGGGAUGCAUCACGACCCCAACCCCUUCGACGAGGGCAACGCCGACGACAACCCCUUCUCCAAUGGGGGAGGAGGGCGCGGCGGCAGGCAGCAGUAUGGGUUCCGCCCCACGGAGCCCGCGGGGUUUGGCGCCGGCAGGGGUGACGCCACCGUCGACGUCCCGCUCGACACCAUGGGCGACUCCAAGAGCAAGGCAAGGGAGCUCUCAUCAUGGGAAUCAGAUCUGAAGCGGCGCGAGGCGGAUAUCAAAAGGAGGGAGGAAGCACUGAAGAAUGCUGGAGUGCCAAUGGAGGAGAAGAACUGGCCACCAUUCUUUCCAAUCAUUCACCACGACAUUGCCAAUGAGAUACCAGCCAAUUUGCAGAAAUUGCAGUAUCUUGCAUUUGCUAGCUGGCUUGGAAUCGUGCUUUGCCUCUCAUGGAAUUUCAUCGCUGUCAUAGUCUGCUGGAUCAAGGAGGGAGAUUCGAAGCUGUUUUUCCUUGCCACUAUCUAUGCUUUGCUCGGAAUUCCCCUGUCAUACUUGAUAUGGUAUAGGCCUCUCUAUCGUGCUAUGAGGACUAACAGUGCGUUCAGCUUUGGAUGGUUCUUCCUCUGUUACCUGAUCCACAUUGGUUUUUGCAUUAUUGCUGCCAUUGCCCCGCCAAUUGUGUUUCAUGGAAAAUCAUUAACGGGCAUACUGGCUGCCAUCGAUACCUUCUCUGAGCAUGUGAUAAUUGGGAUCUUUUACUUUGUGGGGUUUGCGCUGUUUUGCUUAGAGACUCUGCUGAGCAUUGGAGUUCUUCAGAGAGUGUACAUGUACUUCAGAGGGAACAAGUGAAGAUAUUCAUCAUGAUGGAAAGUUUCCGGUGUCCACCAGUAGCACAUCUCUUCAUGCAGCGGGUCUGUGCAUACAUAUGUCACCUUGAGAAUGUCUCUUCAUGUCAGUUUUAUUAUAAAAUCCUUUCAAUCUGGUAUUGGGUAGGUAGUUAGCAUAAAUCAUCAUAGGUUUGUUCUGGAACGAGAUGUUUGGAUUAUUGGCAAACUGUAGCUCGUAUGUGAUUGGGUGGAUCGCUGGGUUGCCCGUUUGUUUAGGUCUAUUCUCGAAACGCAAAAGUGCAAACCAGACCUCUGGAUCAUAUAUAUGCACCCUUGGGAUUGUUCGAUUGCUGCCG